AUGAAAUCUGAAACUCGCUUGGCUACCAUGUUGAUCCAUCUCCAAACCAUUUUACUAAUUUUGCAGCUCCUUCUUCGGGUCACGGCUCGGGCACAAGGUGAUGAGUACAGAAACGACCCCAAUAUAAUAGAGCUUUCAUCACACAACUUUGAUAAAUUGGUUCAUGGCACAAAUUAUACUACAAUAGUCAAAUUUUAUGCUCCUUGGUGUGGUUAUUGUCAACAGCUCAAACCUAUCUGGAAAAAAUUGGGAAAAUACAUCACUAGGGAUUCUCAAUUGGGGAUCAACGUUGCUAGUUUGAAUUGUGAUAAUCCUGAAAACAAGCCCUUAUGUUCCACCUAUCAAAUCCAAGGAUUCCCUACGUUGAUGGUAUUUAGACCACCCAAGUUUGAUAAAACAGCUGGCAAAAGCAGUAGUGCUAGUACCGAAGCUAAGAAGAGAAAGAGGCAUGCAAGCGAAGUUUAUAAUGGGCAAAGAACUUUGAAAGCAAUCUCCACAUUUCUCACCUCACGGUUGAAAAACUAUGUAACAAAGUUACAUAACUUGGAUAAGGACUUGCAAACGUGGAUAGAACAAAAUAAAGAUGUACCUCGUAUGUUGCUAAUUGCAAAAGCAAAUCUGAUAAGUCCGUUGUUAAAGACUUUGGCAAUUGAUUACUUGGGCCUAGUUGAGUUUGCAAUGAUUGGUAAAUACAAUGAGGACGAAAAAACAAUCAACAUUGAGGGAAGAGAAGUUGUUGUGCCAAUAACUGAUAAAUCGAGUUUAUUUUAUUAUGAUGCAGAGGCGGGGAAGUUGAUAAAAUACCAAGAGACGGAGAAAUUGAACGAUAAGCUUGAAAUUGAAAAAUGGGUAUCAAAAGUAACGGGUGUUGAGCCAAUUGAAGGGUCUUUGUCUACUAAGGGAAAGAAGAUUGAUAAGGCGAGGGGCAGUAGCAAAAGCAUAACAAACGGAAGGAACGGAAAGAGCAGUAAAAAGGGAGAAAAAGAAAAGAAUGGAAGAAACGAAAAUCGUGAAAAGAGUGGGAAGAAUGGGAGCGGUGCCAAAAAAGAAAGUAAUGUAGAACAUGACGAGUUGUAG